AUGCCAGGAUUGGGCUGUCCCAUAUAUCGCCGGCUCAAGAGGAAGGACAACCACUGCCCCGUAAAGGGUAAUGAGUCGUCCCUGAUUCAACUCUCCGACGGCAAAGGCCACUGCCGUAUCAACAUCGCGAGAGAAGGGUCGGAGUUUAGAGACUUUUACGAUUUUGACGCCGGUUCGGGAACAGGGUCAGAAGAAGAUGCGAGCGAGGAUAAAAGCACAGAGGGAGAUGCAUUCGUCGAAUUGGACGAGCAGACACGACGUUUGGCCUCGGGCAAGAUCCUAUCCCAUCGGAGCGUCAAGAAACCCCGAGCGCAUCGAUACAUCCCGGCGGCUGCGCAGGAUAGGGGUGACGCAUUGCUGGUAGAAGAGAAGCCGCCAACAAGCGAACAGUCGGCGGACCUGAUGUCUGGCGUGAACGGCAGAGGGGAGUUGACAGCGGCGAAGAAGCGAGAGGCACUCUUCGACAAGCAGCUGGCCGCCCUACGCCCCGGAGACCGACAGGCGUUGAUGCAUCUGCCUCUCCCGCAGCAGAGAGCCCUGGUGGCCAAGGCCAAGAAGCAGCAAGAGAGGUGGAACCGGGAGCAGAUGGCCCAGGAGAUCAAGCGCCAGCUGAAAGCCAAUCCACCCCCCGAGUGCGAACCCUCCUCCCCCCACAGCGACCUCGUCACCACCGAGCUCCAGUAUCACCGUCUCAGCAAUGCUCUUCCUUUCACUGCCCUGUCGUACUGCUGGGGCCCGGCCGUCACCCAAAGCCCCAUCGUCAUCGACGGCGCCGUCCAGCGGUGCGGCCUCAACGGCGAGCUCGCCCUCCGGCACCUCCGCGGGGCCGAGGGCGUCCACGUCUGGAUCGACCAGCUGUGCAUCAACCAGGACGACAACGCCGAGAAGGGCCACCAGGUCCAGAUGAUGCGCCACAUCUACUCCGCCGCGGCCCGCGUCGCCGUCUGGAUGGGCCUCCCGGCCGACGACAGCGACCUCUUCCUCCCCCACGUCCGCGCCAUGGGCGCCCUGAUCCGGCAGCAGAGGUACGCCGACGUCGUCCGGGCCCACGCCGACAUGGCCUUCCUUCGGAGGGUGUCGCACGCGUUCCGCGCCUUCUGCGAGAGGCAGUACUGGACGCGGCUCUGGAUCAUCCAGGAGUUCGCCGUCGGCGCCGAGAUCGACGUGCUCUGCGGCCGCGCGUCGGUCGGGUACGCCGACCUGCGGGGGUUCCUCGUCUUCCUCAACAAGGUGUACGACCACUACCCGGCGAUCCAGGCCGAGGGGGGCGCGCCGCUGAUGAUGACUCUCCUCGAGAUGCUGCGCGGCUUCAAGACCUCGGCCAAUAGCUUCCUCGAGGGCGUCCUCACCCGGCGGCGCAGGUACCAGCUCCGACACGGCGGCGCUCCAGUUGCUGCGGCGACAACGACGGCGACGGCGACGACGGAAGUGACACCCCAAGUGCUCGGGGACGUCGAGCGGGCCAUGGCGGGCGACAGCGAGAGCCUCUUCGCGGUGCUGGUGACGACGCUAGUGCUGGAGGUCGACUACAACCACACGCAGGCGACGGACCCGCGCGACCGCGUCUUCGCCGUGAUGCACUUCGCCGACGACGUCGACGAGUUCGAGGGCCUCCCGGACUACAGCCUCGGCUGCGAGGAAGUGUACCGGGCCGCAGCCCGGCGCAUCCUGAUGCAGGGCAACAUCGACCUGCUCUCGUACUGCCAGUUCCCGCGCGAGGCGCCGUCGCUGGCGACGUGGGCGCCCGACUGGCAGACGGGGAUCAAGCGGCCCAACGUCGGGAACCCGUGGCUGUCCAAGUUCGACGCCUCCGCCUCCUCGCUGCCCCGGCAGCAGCUCGUCGUGGCCCCGGACGCGGAGACGGUGCAGCUGCGCGGGGUGCUCGUCGACGCCGUCGCAGAGACCGGGGGCGACGCCUGGGACCCGAACUGGGUCGAGGAGCUGGACCGCGGCGCGGCGCUCGCGUUCGUCGACGAGGUCGGCCGCCUCUGCGAGAAGUCGCCGCUGUUUGGCGACCGGGUCCGGGCGCGGGACCUGAAGGACGUGAUGCGCAUCUGCAUUGCGGACCGGUACCACUACCGGGAGCCCGAGAGGCAGGCGGAGCUGCUAGAGGGUUUCGCGCAGGCGGAGCUGUGGAUGAGGAGGGACGUCGGCGAGGCCAGAUCCGGGGCAGAGAUGGGAUUGCAGAUGAGCGACUCGCUCGGGUGGCAGCAGCCGUGGUACGUGACGGCGAUGAAGAACCUCCACGGACGGCGGCCGUUCCUCUCGGGGUCCGGGUACGUCGGGCUGGCGCCGAGGCACGUCCAGCCGGGAGACAGGGUUGUCGUCUUUCUGGGCUGGAAGACGCCGUACAUCGUGCGGGACAGCACGGGGGCCGCUGGGUAUUGUGAGCUGGUCGGGGAGGCGUACGUUCACGGCAUCAUGUUCGGCGAGGCCAUGACGGACGACUGUGAGGUCAGGGAGUUCUUGUUGCGAUGA